UUUCACCCGCUUCGAGGUUGAUCUCGAUUAUGAGUUCGACGCACCGAAGUUCUUCGAUCUCAGCAGGGUGGAGACGCCGGCGGAGGCUCGGGUGGUGGAGCUCUGGUUUGAAACCGCCGGGAGCUACCCUCCCUCUCGUCUUCGAGUUGUUCCGUUCUUGUCCUCCUCCCCACCCACCCACUUCCCAUCAUUUUAAGGUUACCAGAGCUUAUUAUUGUUAAAUGGAAGUCAAGACUCUCAUGUUACUUGGUCAGUAUAAUUGUAAAUUUUUGGUAUUUAUUAGUUAUCUACAAUAAUUGUUUACUUGUUUUGUUGAGAUCAAGCCGCUUUCUCUGGUAUCCAUCUAAAGCAGCUCUAAUAGCAAAGUUAAUUUUUGAGAAAGAUACCCAAGUAGAAAAGAUUAGUACCACUUCUAAUCUUGAAGAUCUGGAAAUGAAAAUCCUUCACACAGAUACUUUUGUUGCUGAGGUCUCCAUGGUUUCUGACAUUGAUAGAGGAUGUGCAUAUGACAGUUAUGUGGUGCAAGGUAUAUCAGAGAUUGAUCAUAAAUCUGCCCUUAAGAACCCUUUGUCAAAAAUAUCAACUUUGAUGAAGCCUACUGCAAGUCAGUUGGCCAAACAAAAUCAGCCUCGUGAAUUGAAGUCAAUGAGCCGAUUCCGAUAUCAAUUAGAAUGUAAAAAGGAAAAAUUCUUCAUAGACGUGAAUGAUUAUACUCAUCAAGCGCCUAAACGACAGAGAUUGGAGAAAGGUCAUUGCUACAAGGUAACUGGUGUGAAGCAACAAGUUAACUUGUUCCACAAGGUCCCAGAAAAGCAGCAUUUUCUGGAGACUAGAAAAAACAGGCUUACUGAUACAGGCAAUCAGCUUCCUAGAUUGAAGCUUACAAUACCAAGGGAACCUGAACUGAGAACUACAAGAAGGGCACUCAGUUUAAGAACUCAACAACAAAAAAGGUCGGAUGAUUCUAAGUGCUGUACAGAAGGGAUAGCAACAUCUAUUCCUAAAUUCAAAGCACUCCCUUUAAACAGAAAAAUUCUUGAAGUUCCAUCUCUGCCACUACCUCGAAAGACUACUCCCAGUUUGCCAAAAUUUAAAGAAUUCAGUUUUAGGACUAAUGACAGGGCUCUAGCACACAGCACAUCUGCAUCUUCAAUGAAUACAGAUAGUCAUAAUCCGACUGUUACAGGAGGUGGUGCUAAUUCUGUAAGGACACAACCAGAAGAGAAUGCUGAAGGUAAAUACAUGCCAAUAAGAUUCAAAGCUCAAACCUUAAAUCCAAAGAUUCUUAUGAGCAAAGGAGAUAUUGGGGUAUACCGAUGUGCUAAACGAGAAUCAACUAAACCGAAGGAAUUCAAUUUUUCAACAACUAAAAGGUUCCAACAAUUGCCUCUAGCAGAGUUAUUCAAUGAGUUAUCUUUAACUGCCGAAGCUCAACAAUCUAAUAUACACCACAAAGUUCACGUAUCAAAUGGUUCAACUAUCAAGGACUCGAAAGAAAACUUGAUCCAAAUUGGACAGCAUUAAAAAAUUGGACAGAAAAUUUGGAGCUCGUCCGAAGCAAGUUUUAUAUCUCAUUGAAUCCGGCGAACAAUAUUAUUGGAGUUUUGACAUCCAUGUCCAUAGCCAAAAGGACAUCACAUCCAUUUGUACAGGUUGUAGUUGACCUUUCUUUUUUUAAUCUCAGAAGUUGACUUAAGUUGAGUAGUUGACCCUGCAAAUCCCUCGCAUUGCUGUGCUGCCACAGUUUUGGUUUCGCAGUCUGAGUCAGCUUUUUGUUCACUCAUGACUUUACAUUAAACACUGCCCAUACUUAACUUGAUUUCAAGGAAACAUCUUUGAUCUUUCUGUGUUUUAGCUCUCCUUCCACCAGAUAUAAACUCUCUUCGUGACCAUUCCAUGAAGAUAUAAAAUGAGCAUUUUUCUUUGUUAGUGGGUCCAUAUGAAUCGAUGUACAGAUGGAUCGAAUAAAUGUAGAUGGGGGUUGCCAAUCGAAUGUAUCCUCACAGAAUAUUUAUUACAGUUAAAUGGAUCAGAAUCUAGAAUAAUGAGCUUGCUAGAUUUGAUUUC